AUGAAAACUUUUUAUGCAGUACUCAGCAAGGUACACGACGCUGCCGAGCAAAUGGCCAAAAUUGGUAAGUGCAAGGUUGAGAUACCUAUUUUUUGUUAGAAAAGGAAAAAAAAUAUUGGGGAAAAUAAUUUAACAUCUUUUUUUCUUCCAAAAUAAAUAUUUCUGGAAAUUCUUCUCGAUCAGUGUUACCACUCUUGUGUUAUUUAUGUAAAUUCAUUGUUGACCUUUAGAGCUAGUCCACACUAUAACGGCUAGGUUUUUAUGCUGACAUGCAGAAUUUUCACGUACAGUACAAUGAACGGCACAGAAUAAAAAAAUAUCCAACAAGUGGGUUGUCCAAAAGCGUUUGGUGCACGUAUUCGCAAUCCUCACUUGUGUUCUUUCCUCUUUUUAUUUUCUUCCACUUAUAUGCGAAUAAAGGACAAUUAUAAUAGUACUUAAAAUAAUAAUAAUUACAAGAGUGAUGAUGAUGAUGAUGAUGAUGAUGAUGAUGAUGAUGAUGAUGAUGAUGAUGAUGAUGAUGAUGAUGAUGAUAAGGAUGAGGAUGAGGAUGAGGAUGAGGAUGAGGAUGAGGAUGAGGAUAAGGAUAAGGGUAAUGUUAAUGGUAAGGGUAAGGAUAAGGUUAAUAGACUGCGAGCAGUCUCUUGUUUUUCGUUGCAAAGCUGUUCUGCACGCGAAACCUAAGCACGUCUAUUUAAUAAUAACGUCCUGGUUUAGAAUCGCGUUGGAUGAGAUAAGAACUAGACGGAUUUAAGAGAAAAGGCGGACUGCAAGCAGUCUAUAAGGUUAACGAUAAUGAUAACGAUAAUGAUAACGAUAACGAUAAUGGUAACGAUAACGAUAACGAUAACGAUAAUGAUAAUGAUGAUGAAACGUUAUUUGUAGCAUCAUAAUUGUUAUAGAAAAUCUAAAAAUGUACAUGUUUAGUGUCGGAGUAAAUGUAACCAGUUCUAGGCUACUGUACCAGUAUAACUUUGUAACCAGACUCUGCAGUGAAAAAUAUGGUCCUUAUUAUUCUAUGCCGUAGACUGAAGAGCUCCCCUCUUUUUUUUCCUUUUUCUUUCUUUUUUUUUUAAUUAGAAAUGGACACCGAUGUUCUGCGAGAAUCAGAAGUCCAGAUCAGUGGCUGUUAUAAGAUCACAAGUGGUACCCCAACAUUUCACUCAACGCGGAUUGAACACUCUUGUUUGAUGAAACCCGAAAAUAAUUGGGAAAUCCAGGUGAAAUGUCGCCCCUUACUGCAUGACAUCCAAGAAGAGCCCAACCAAAGAAACAACUGGAGAAGCCUGAUGUUGUUCUACCCCGACGCUAAAGUGCAAUUGAUACACAAUGACAUUGAAGUCACUCUGCCAUCUCUUCAGGAGGACGUCGAGAUCGCUGCGUUUGGGAGACCAGGAAAAGAGGACAAGAAAAGAAUGCAAAUGGCGAUCUUUGCUAAACGACCAAAACAAGGAAGAGACUGGAAGAUUUGGGUUUAUCUUGUAGAUGAUACAAACCCAGCUUGUAAGGUAUUUUUGCUCUUGCAAUUUGUUUAUUCAUCUUUUGUUUAUUUUUAAUAUAUACUAAUGAGCAUAUAAACUGUGUACGACGUAUGCCAAUAAAAACAUGCACCAGUCACAAGUCCUAACGGUAGCUUACCCCGUUGAAAGUUUUGCUUAUUUGACCUUCAAAGCCGAGAAGGAAGAUUGCAAGGACUUUAUUUGUAAGCUGUAAAUUCAGCAGUACACUUACAGGCACGCUGACAAGAGUUGCAAGUCACCUGAUGUAAAUAAGAUGCUGAGCGUUUUGAUUUGCAAAAAUCGUAUUUUUUACUUUCAAAAACGUAUCCAGAGUGGUCCUUUUAAAACUUAGCAUUGGGAUCGCUGAUUUUGCUUUUAUGCUCCUUUCUUUCUAUAUAGUCACUCUCUAUUUCUCGUUGUUUUUUCUUUUUGUAUUUGUUUGUUUGUUUUUUUUUCGGGGGGGGAGGGAGCGGGGGAGGGGUUGUUUUGGUUGUUAACCUUUCCUUUUCAUGCCAGAGAGAUUAUAGGUAUCAUUGGACGCAAUUAACAGACACUAUGAAAUAAAAACCCAUGAAAAUCCUGUGAAUUUUUUCAUGGUCAAUUCACAGGUUUUUUAGAGGUUUUUAAUGGUAUUUUCAUGGCCAAAUGUAAGGAGAUUUUCAUGGUAAGCCACCCUGAAAAAGGCAUGAAAAAAGCAUUAAAAAAGCCAUUAAAAUCCCCUUAAUAUUUUAAGUUUCAUGGCCCAUGAAAACCCUCUCAGGUUUGGGCAAGUCCCUGAAAUACCCAUGAAAAUGCCAUGAAAGUUUCAUGUGGAUUUUAAUGGAUUUUUAAUUACCUUGAAAAACCCAUGAAUUAAACACCAUGUUUUUCAUAUUGCAAUUCAUGGACUUUUAAUGGGGCAUCACUGGAUUCAUGGCCAUGAAAAACCCAUGGUUAUUCCAUUAAUAUUAAAAUAUUAACGGGUCAUGAAAAUGUUCAUGUCCUUUUCAUGGCAUUUUGAAGACCCAUGAAAAUUGAGUUCAGUUAUUUUCAUGGGGUAAAUAAGUCAAAACAUGGACCAUGAAAACUUUGUGAAAAGGCCAUGAAUAUUGACGGUUUAAUCAAUAACAUUAUUUUAUAUUAUUUUGGUGGCUUAAAAAAUAAAAUCAUAAUUCAAGCACAAAAAAUGAAGACACUUACGUGGUUGAUGCAUUUACUGCUUUGUGCAUAUAUACUGUAGCUAUAAAAGCACAGUGGUACACAGGACUAAAUGAGGUAUAAAUGUUUGGUUCAUAAUUGAUUGAGUUUUUUAUUGCACCCAUUUGGUGGAAUCAGCUCAGACAGCUACAUGUAGCACUCCUUACUCUUUCUCAUUUCCUUUUAUCUUGUAAUGCAAUAAUAGUAAUAAUUAUUAGAACAACAUUCUAUUAAUAUUAAAAGAAAAUAACUCUUUAAAUUAGAAAUUGCUAUUUAUGCAAUAGCUAAAUAGUCUAAAUAGUCCAAAUUCCAGUUGAAUGCAAUUCACUGAGAAUCAAUAAAAUAAUUUGCUUUGGUUUCUACUUGGCAACUGUAAAUAUAUUUACAUCAAUUUUAAAAAUAUAUCAUCAUAAAUAUUAAUCUGAUAUCAUAAUUUUGUAUGUUAUCUGUUAUAGAAUAUUGAUAAUAAUUCCAUUUUAGCAUAUAAAAGUUUGAGUGUAUAUAUACAAAUCAUUUUUCACUGCAAUAUUUCUGGAACAAGAACUUUUUAAAAAUAAAAUUAAUAUUAUUAUGUACAUUUCAAAAUUUGGAAUGCAUGCAUUGUAUAUGUCAAUCAUUGUUUACCCCCAAGCUUUUAGCCAGGUGGGCGUCCGGGUGUCCUGUGGACGCCCAGUUUUCAGGAAAACAUUUUUUUAAAAGAUCUUGAUGUCCAAGUUGAUCACUGGGAGGGUUUGUGAUUCUUUUAAAUAUGUGUGAAUAACAUCAUUUCAUAGUUUGUUUUCCUCAUUUUUGCAUCAUGUAUGCUUUUGAUCAUCAGAGAUGUCAUUAAUUCGUUAUUUCAAUUAUUUAGUGGACGCCUACAUGCAAAAUGCUGGCUAAAAGCCUGUUUACCCCCAUAAGUUAAUUAAUCAUAUAAGCCUUUUUGUAGCUCUCAUAAUGCUUUGAGAUGUUGUCUUCAUUGUUGAGAACAAAGUUUUUGCCAUCCUCGUUAACGGUAGGUGUUGAAAAAAAUAUAUAGGUUGUACUAACUAUGUCAGUGUCCUUGCGUUUUGGCCACUUGUAAUUUCCCUUUGUUGUCUUUGUCAAAAAAUUGACGUCAAUUUCUUCCACAGUCUCGUCCAGCACAAGCAUAUUGAUGGCAGUUAUCUUGCCUAUGAAGAAGCCUUCAUUGUAGGCAACUGCCACCCACUGACCAACACUUAAACUGCCCCCGUCGUGGCCCUGAAAAUCACCAAAAAGAUAAGAAACCAAUAUUAGUACCAAUACCAAUACUACGUUCUUUUCCACAUAAUGUUGAAAUAUUGAUUGGCAGAUUGCUCGGGGCAACUUACAAAUGAAAUUCAAAUUUGCUUGAAUUGAGCGAGUACCGGUUUUGCUUUUGACGGUUUUGGUUUGGCAAGUUCCAGUUUUCAAGUUUAUAAUUAUAAUGAUAGAAGUCACUAAAUUAGGUGGAUAAUUACCUUGACAGUGGAUGUUGGGACAGGGUCUCUUCUGCUUUCUUUAUUCCCAUUUUCUGAAAUCGUAAGCAACAAAAAUGCACUAUUUACAUGUAUGCACAAUAUUAAGUAAUUUUGAAAACUAGUAUUUACCUCCUCAGUGUAACAUACAAAAUUAAUUAAAUACACUGUAAGAUAAAAAAAAAACACCAGAGAUAUAGAGACAAACAAACAUGUAUGGUUAAAAAUGUGGAAGAUUGACACUACAAAAGAUGCAAAGAUGCUGGAUUUAAAUUGUUUCUUCGCACCUUUUCUGUUUAGAUGGAAAAUAAUAAUUUUAGUCUUAUACAGCUGUAUGAAGAGGCCCUAAAUAAGUUAGAGUGGCAGCCAUUAUGUAUUUAUCAAUUACCUUUUGACUUUUUCUCUUCGUUGACAAAAGUCUUGUUACUCUGAAAAAGUAAAUUGCAAGAGAUUGCCAUAUGAUGUCAAAUAGGGGGUAAAAACAAUAAGAAACUUGUGUGCCCAAUGAUUGGGGGACUUCAAGAGCAAGGACUAGGUUCACUGAUUAUUUUCCAAUUGACAUUAAACAAGACAAUGACUUUCAAACAGCCCAUAAAAAAAUAUUGCAAUGCAUUCCUUUUGCUGUAGCUAAAUUUAAAGAAAGCAAGAGAAUGCACACUGUAUAAGCUCGAUAGUGAGCUGUUCAGGGGACUUUCUUUCGAUCUUGCUUGAAGCACGCGGCGGAUUUUUAUUAUGUCUCCCAUUUUGAGACCCGCGCGAUGAAGGUCAUCUUCUCUCGCCGCUUCGAGAGUCUCUAGAUCAUCAAUCUGUGGCGAUCAAAACGUUAGGAAAGUCAGGACACUAUAAUUUAUGAUGUUGAACAAGGAUUGAAUGAAAGCUAUAAAAAAAGUAAUCGAAUGUAAGUUACAGUAUUUUCAAGGACUAAACAAAACCGCUUUACAGUCAAACCAGGUCAAGCGUUCCCGUCGCUAAUGAACUAAUGAAUUCAUUCACGGAAAAAUGAUUUCGUUUGUUGAUUCAAUAAUCCAUUCAUAAAAUGAACAAUCCAAUAGUCAUAUUUAGCCUCGAUUCCAUAAUCGAAUGUUGAUUCGAUUACUGUUUUUUGAAAAAUUACACUUUCCACAAGUUGACCUCAGAAUUUUGUUUUUUCCUCUUUUUUUUCUGAGAGUCGAGUGCUGGCGAGUUCUGAAGUUCAAACCCAAACAAACUGUUACAUGUACGCCAGUUUGCUGCCAAUAAUCAGUGCAACAGACCUAGGCCUGACCUCUUAGAAAACACGACGGUCAAACUGAGGUCAGUGUAUGUGCGGUGAUUGGUGGAUUUCGAUCCUCGGCCUUUGUCAGUUUCUUUGCGUUUGCGGUCUGUCUCUUCUAGCUGUUAUUUUGAUUAAAGGCAAUGAAAAACGCAAUCGUAAACGGCAGGAAAGGGGAAGCAAAUACGAUUGAACACAACAGACAAGAAUAAAGAACAGGUAGAUUUUGUUCAUAAACCAAAUCAACAUUUGAUUAUUGAAUCGAGGUACAAUUUGACUGUUGGAUUAUUCAUUUUAUGAAUGGAUUAUUGAAUCAACAAACGAAAUCAUUUUUCCAUUAAUGAAUUCAUUAGUUUGUUAGCGACGGGAACGCUUGACCUGGUUUGACUGUAAGCGUGCGAUCUGUGGUGUACAUUUCGUUCGACGACUGAGACAAAUGUUAUAAACGCUUCUUCAUCAACAAGAACUUACCCCUUCGUUCAGUAGAACCUCCAAGAUGCGAUCUUUGUCGGCAGAUUGGAAACCAGAAAAGAUCUGCUCCAUGGCAUCAAAUUUAUUGAAAGUGAAUUUUCAAGCGAAUCCAAAGAUUUGACUCCAAAAAAACCGCCUCUUCCCCGUUAGAAGUCACAUGAUACAGAGUAUCCCAUGAGCCCUCGCAGUCGACCGGCUUCGGCUCAUCGUCGUAAACGAUUCGGUAAACGACCGUAAACUCGGCUUUUGGGCCUGCGCAUUGUACUUGCUUGAACCAUCGCUUGAACCCACAAGGGCCUUGUUGUCGAUUCAAUGCCUUCUCGAGUCUGUUUUUGCACCAUUUGCAAAGGUGAAGCAGUGCAAUCAAGUUAUAAGGUAAAGCAACACCUUAAGUUAUACGGCUUGUGGGAUUCGAAGAAAUCCAUCGAAGGGCCGUCAACGGCUAAGAAAUCAAGAAUUAACGAAAGCGAUUCGAGUACGAAUAGUGACUCUAGCGACAGUGAAAGGUUAUCACAAAUCACAUACUCCAUCACCUGCCAGAAGGGAUUGAGAGUUUUGGGCCUGUACACGGUACAUGGAUGUUUGCCUAUGAGAGAUUCAAUUCAUGGCUGUGCAGGAGGGCGCUGAAUAGAAGACAUCCAGAGGCCACCAUUCUUAGAACUUAUCAGGUAAUGCUUUCAGUGAGCUUUGAGCACAAGUACAGAUUGUAUGGUAGAUGUACAGACAGGGUUCUUAUUAAAAGCUAGUUAAUGAUUAUUUUAGCUGUCUCAUUAUGGAUAUGCUGUGCAUGUGCCAGUGUUCAUACUCCUGGAAUUUCCUAAAUUGCUGGAAAAUUAACAUUGAAAAAUAAAUCCGGGCUUACAUUGUUAUUGUAUAGGCGGAUGCAACACUCCUGCUCAUGUAGUUACGUUACUUACAAUAUAUGUGUAUCUGUCUAUUGUAUUCUUUUCACUAGACAUUUUCUGUAUUUAUUCUUUGUUAACAGAUCUUUGAGUGGUGUCACUAUAUGAAAUUGUCGGGAAAGAUGAGGAAUAAACUUCCCUUCGUACUUCCAUGUGGAGAUGAUAGUCACUUGAGUAGAGAUUCACUGUCACCAUUUCUCUCAGAUGGAAGUUCACUGGGAACAAUGCAUCUCUCAAAUGACAACCUGGCUCACGUGAAUGAAAUUUACAAGCAAGAAAUCCCUCAAGUCCAGUCACUGUGGACGAUUUAUCAAAUGGAGAAAGAAGUGGCUCGUAAAAAGGGAAAUCUAAAGAAAUUUCCAAAGUUUACCAAUUGGAGACCGGAGGGAAGUCAGGCUAUAUCAGAUGUGCAUUUGUCUAUCCUCGAGGGCCUUCAACCAACAGCAGUUGUCUACCACCAAUUUUUAUUGGAUGAUAAGCAGCACUUCUGCAGCUACCUUUACAUUUCAACACAACACCCACGCAAAAGGCCAACUAUUGUUUUUUACAGUCCUCCCUCAAGCUCAGAGGCUAGCAGCUGUAGUGCCAGCAGGUCGUUAAGGUUUGGUGUUGUUGACCAGAUCUAUCAACACACUUUUUCACAGAAGUCAUUUAUGUGGGCAGCUGUGAGUUUCUACAGAAAGGCAGAGUUUAUUCCCAGCUGUGGUCUUUGGUGUUCAGAGGAUUCCAUUGGACAAACUGUUCCAGUCCUCCUGAGUCAUCUGUCUCAACCACUCACAACUGCAGUUGAUGAAAACCUCAAGAUCUGGUUUUUAGAUGUUUAUUACUGACACUUAAAUGAUGCAAGUUAAUUAGUUACAAAAUUCAUGGAAAAUUAUAUUUGGAGAAACCAUUAGUUUUAGCAGGGAGCUGUCAUUAAGAGUGCAAGAGCACUCAGUAACACAAAAUUGAUGGAAAUAUCUGUCAUUAAGAGUCAUACUCUAUAACACCAGUUUAUAUCCUGAGUUCAUCUGAUUUUGAUUUACAAAUGUUAAUGUUACAGCUGAUGCCGCAACUGUUUGCAAAGAAAUUCCUAACAAUUGAUCAUGAGUGCAGGUGAAACAUUAAAAGCAUUGGGUGGCUCAGAACUUCAUGACAGUGCUGUUUAGUAUUAAUCAGAUUCUUGGGACUCAACUGCAAAACAAGAACACUUCAAGUGACUUAAAUUAAACAGAUUUUAUUAUCUUAAAAUAAUGUUUCAUCCAUUUCUACUUAGCUUUAAUUCAUGGCAUUUUCAUGAUUUUGCAUCAUGGUGAAUUCCCCUUAAAGUGUUUUCAUGGGUUUUUCAUGACCCAUGAAAUACAGACAGCAAAGUAACAUUUUCAUGGGUCAUGAAACCUGCCAAUAUGUAAUAUGUGGAAAUUUCAUGGCCCAUGAAAUCCAUUUUCAGUGCUCUAAAUUUUUUUCAUGGCCCAUGAAAAUCACUCAUUCCAUAUUUCAUGGGAAAUUCAUGGCUUGAAUAUAACACCAUGAAAUCUAAAUCUCUGUUUUCAUGGCCAUUAAAAGUGCUUUCAUGGGGUUUUCAAGGCGUUUUCAUGGGAUUUUCAUUAAAGUAGCAAUUCAUAGUGCUAGAAUUAAGACCUCUGCACUCUUUCCCCUUUCACCCAUGGGUACAAAUUUCGACAAGUUUGUGUUCAAAAGUACUAGAGAUUUAAAUUCGAUAAACUUGGGUUACCAUGCUAUAAACUUCAGUUAUGACGAACACGUCACUAUAAGACUUAAAAGUAUUUCCAGACGAAUUUCUUGAAAGUCGUUAAGUUUGGCGAUCAUACCUAAAAGAUCUUCAGGUUAUUAAACUUCAAAGUUUUGGAGUAACGCAAACUUUUCUCGUACUUCAUGUCUUCCAGAAUUCUUCAGGAACUUUAGAUAUUACGCUGAUUAGCGUGCUGCUAGUGUGCGUAACUGCUCAGUCACUUACUCCUGUCUUAGAAUGCUAACCGUUGUAAAACAUCUCUUGUAAUAAUUCGAUUUUGCUCUCCAAGGGGUUUUUAUUUUCAACAGUUAUAAUUUUUCGUCCGUUUAAUGUAAACAGAAAAUUUGCCAGAAAGGAGACCAGAGUGGAAAAAGGCUUCUGACACCUCUUUCUGGAAUAUUUGUGUCUAACAGCAACGAAGACAUCAAAAUUGAGCUCAAUUCAUUGGAAGAUGGAUGGAAGGUCAAAGGAAGCAAUGUGAAGGUACAAAUGGAAAAUUUUAACGAAGCUUUUUCUUAAGAAAAAGUCAAUGAUCGAUAACGUUGCACAUCAUGAGUGAAGUAAGUGGCUCUGAUAGUCCUUUUCUGCCUUUUGGCAGACUUCUCUAGGUUUUCCAUUUCUCAUGCAGUCGCCGGUUGAAACACGAUCUACCCCUCUCACCUUCCCUACUUUUACUUCUCUCCAGCAACUCCUCCCCAGCUCUUCAUCUUUAAUUCUAUAGAUAAUGUGCUUAAAAUACCAUCUAUCCGAUCGAAUCGUAUUCAAACUAGAAAAUUUGGUCUUGCUGGCGAUAUAAAAGGAAAGGUGCGUUUAUACUACCGCAGAAAAAAAAAGAAUUCAAAAAAACCUUGAAAGAGUUUGUUAGCUUAGACUGAUCACGGACCAUCUAUUUUGUCUUAAAAGAUAGCCGAGUGCGUGAAUGAAAAUAAAAAAUGCGAUAAAUAUUGAUCCCAAGUGCAAGGGGGUAAAAAAGGAAAACGUGUGUGAACAAGCUGUGUCAGCGUAAUCAUCAGCAAUUGCCUUUAUACACUAAUAACCUCAGGGAACAUAUCAGUUCUUAACCUUUCACUUUUGCAGACCAUCAAGUCAAGAGAUGCAUGGAAUUCAGCGGAAAACUCUACUGACUUUCCACAUUGCUAUUUCGAUAUAUGUCACGUUAACAACGCAAAUAAUUCAUUCUUCUGUGAGAUCAAAGCCUCCCAUGAAGGUGACUCUGCACUCUCAGAAGUUGUGGCAUAUUAUGAACGAGUAAGUUUUAAAUGGUCGUUAGAGAUAUUUAACACAGGUGACCACAACGGAAAUUCAAAAAAAGUGGUCGUAACUACAGAUGGUAGACGCCGCUUAAUUUUACGUCCAUCUUUUAGACCAUUAGCGCAGUGUGCAGUUCCCUGUCCUCUGUCAACACUGCAGCAUUUUUCAUUGAUCGCACAGUCGAAUAGUUCCAUUUUAAGCAUUUUAAUGUGCGAUUUCUUGUCUCAAUUACCGUCUUUCUUUGUAACAGCGCUAGGAUUCCAACGACGCGUUAGGAUUCUAACGACGACAUGCACCAGUUUAUGGUUUUAGUAUUGAUAUAAAAUUAUUGAAAUUAAAUUAAUAGACCGCUGCUGGGGGCAAGUGGAAUUGACUGAUGCAUUACCAGUAUCGAGUGAAACCCUGAGUAUUCGCUGUGUGGCCGCUUACGAGAGCAUAAAAAAAGGAAAAUUCUAGUUGGUAAUCUCAAAAGUGUUCGCGGUCGCUUUCAUUACAAAAGUCACAGUUCAAACGGAGUUUUUCAAAAAUAGUAGUAAUUAGGGCUGGUCGCUUACGAGAGUAAUGGUCGAAAGGAAAGCUUCGACUGUAUUUGGGAAAACAAGUUUUUUUCUUUAACAAGAAGUUUUCAUUCUUACAUUCUGUCAGGAAACAGGUCUGGAACUCAUUCAGUCUUCUACAGAUGGCGAGAAACUGGGCAAUUCUUGCAAUUUCUUUCCAAAAGGUAAGAUCAUAGUUAUAACAAAAUUAGUAAUAAGCUAUGCAAACUUUCUUUAAACAAAGUUUUCGUUUUGCUUCGUUUUGUCUUAACUCUUCUAUGUGUUUUAUUUUUUAGAGAUAGACACCUCGAUUCUAUUGUUUCUUUUUGUUCUGUCUUUCCUCUACGUUCCUUUGGCAUCUCGUCCAACGUUCUCUGCAGGUAUGUUUAAAGCACUUUAAGAUAAAGAGAAUUAAAAACGAUUUUGACAACUGUUUAAAGGGGCUGUGUCAAAUUCUUUGAGUUAACAUUGCCUAUAAAGCGUCUUUAUUUUCAUAAGCGAAAAAUUUACUUCAGUCUUAAAGACAAAAUCACAACUUUGUAACAAAUAUCUCUCCCAAAGCAUUAUAUUAAACGUUACAAGCAACAAGAAAUAAAUGUAAAAAACUUUUAGGCUAACAAGUUUUAAAAACAGGCUUUCUUUUUUUCUGUCUUGCUGUUUGAAUUUUGAUAAAUUUCGUGACACAGUUCCUUUAAAUUUUUACCCUGCUCACAGGGGCUGGUCCAUUCUAAUGUAUAAUGCCCUCACCGGCUGACCAAAAAAGAGGUCGAUGGCCAGUUUGUUUAAACAAGGAUUUGAAAGACCGAGAGGAAACAAUAUUCCGAUUCCCUGACAAAGUUUGCGGGGCGUGCAUUUCUGGUAUAAAUUACUGUUUUAUAUCUGAGAUACGAUCAGCCUAAAUAGCUUUUGUUUUGUUUUGUUUUGUUUUUUAUUUUGUUCGUUUGUUUGUUUGUUUUUUGUCGUGUUUCUGGUUAAAAUUAAACAAAACGUGAACUUAAACUUAAGGCAUUGUGAUUAGAUCCUAAUUACUUGUCUGAAUUUGUUCAACAGAAACAACUGCAACUCGGCAAAACUUUACGACGAUGAAGUUUGUAUCAAGAGAAGCAUUGUGGACGCUUGCAUUAACUUCUAUACGCAAAAAAAUCGUCUUUUAGCGUGCCCACAAGCGGCAAAAGCUACACAUAAAAUGGCUGCUAUAAAUAAACUUAGUCAAGCGAAAUUACCAGUAGACUUCGAAUUAUUUUCGAACAUACACCUGUACAUUAAGUUUAAAACUGCUUUAAGGCCAGGUGAAGCAUGCUGAAAGUUGCUUGGGGGCAAUUUUUCAACAUUCAACAUGUUUUUCAUCCUUUGUAGUUUAAAAAUAAUAAAAAAAGAGUCUCGUUCUGUGUUCUAAUUCAAAUGGUUCUUGGUGUAAGUAAAACUGGCUACCUGCAAGUUGUUAUAAAAUGUUUGAGGUGCAAAUUAAAAAAGUCCA